AGAUGAGCCUCCGUCACGAAUUCUUAAUCGUCCAGUGUUAUUAUUUCGACGCUAUCGUUUACGAGUUUGUCCUGCGUUUUCUUAUUGGAAAUAUUAGCAGGUUUUCCCCUCGGUAUAUCGUACACAGGCAUACAAUCAGCGGUCGUCGACGGCCUAGACGUUUCCGAGGUCACCUUUUGCGGCACUACACUUAAGGAUGAAAGAUUUUUCGAGUAGUCCAGACUGGGCUUUAACUGCGGCGCUUUUUGCUGGGGUAUUAUCUCUAGAUGCGAAUGCUGCUGCAAUUGUGACAGCAUCGAGAGCGCCUCGACGGUGCCACCCUGAGGAAACGAAGCCGAGGAGCUUGGUAGCGAGCUUGACGGCACGUCCAUCGUCACCGGCGGCAGCGGCUUCGCCAACUUGUUGCCGGUUACAGACGAUUUCUUAUAGCCAUGAUACUUGACGCUCGCGACAGGCUUGAUACUGCUGGAUUGCGGAGUGACGACAGGACUCACCGAGAUGCCGCUCAAUUCCGGCGGUAUAAAGGGCGAUUGUGACAUCGCUGUGGGAUUUCCUGAUGAUAUCGGAUUCAAUAUAUUUGGAAAGUUACCGGGCAUCGAUACGGGCAUCACCGUGGCAGUUUUCGUCAUCGCCGUCUUCGUCGUCUUCUUCACGUUGGAAUGCAUGCUCUGUACACUCGCUUGAACAUUGGAGUAAGGUCGCUGACAAUUCUUCUUCGAUAACAGUUUGUGCUGCAACGACGUGCCAGAUCGCGACACAUUUAUAGGUAAGUUUUGCACGGGAUGCGUUUGCUGUUGUUUCAUAAUUACAGGUGCACUCAUGGACGCGUGGGCGAUCUGCGGAUUCGUCGUCACAACACUAGUACUGCUGCUGUUGCUGUUGUUCUUCAAAGGCGAAUGUGAUAGCGAUGCGUUGUUAUGUGCGGGCUGUGGCUCGGUCAACGAUUUCGAAACGCGUAUCUGCGGCGCACUUAUCUGCUUUGGCGAGCUGCUUUUCACCUGUUGAAUGAUGGAUGGUUUGAGCAGGGACACCUGCGCUGCCGCCGUCGCGUUUGCUGUAUGUAAUACCGGUUUUGUCGGCGAUAUCUGAAGCGAUUUCGGAAUGUGGACGGGAUGCAAUGCCGCGGCUGUAUCAGUUUGUAAGCUCGGCUGCUUGCUGGUAGGUUUCGCCUUAUGAUGAGGCUGCAGUGGCUGUUGUUGUUGUGGUUGUUGCUGCUGCUGGCUCACCGGCGUUAUAGAUAUGUUAGGUCGAUCCUUUGUCAUUGACAUAGUUGUGCUGGUUUUAGCUGUCGUUUGAUGGUACAUGGGUCGCGACGUUGACGCCGUAGAAUUGCUCAAGCUUAACAAUUGCUGCACUGUCAUAGAGUCUAAAGAUCCUUUCAAAUUACCUAAAUUACUGAUAUUACUCGAAGUAUUGACAUUGCUGGAUGUACUCAUGGUCGAGACAUUGCUAAUGCCAGCGGUUAUUGUAGUACCUGGGUUGUUUAAACCACUGGCAAGAUUGGUUAACGACGAUAGAUUGUUCUGAUACUGCCUUAAUAUAUCCUGAUAGCUUCCUACUUGAUUCAAGUAGCUCAUAGCUGAUAAAGGAUCCAUCAUAUUGCCGCCUAGUCCACUGGCCAGUAUAGCCGAUAGCAUAUUCGGGUCGACUAGAGGAUUCAUGAAGUAAGGAUUUAUCAUGGAACGAUUCGGCCCGGACGCACUCAUGAAAUUCGCAAAGUUACUCUUGGAACCGAAUUGAUUCAUCACGUUGCCGCUCUGCUGCAUAGCAUGCUGCAAGUAUUUGUUAGCAUUAGGUGGACGUCCCCUCGGACGUCCAGUGGUCGUUAGGUUUCUAUGUGGUUUGCGAUUCUGCAAGAUCUGCGAUGAUGUCGAGUUUACUGGCAUCUGCGGCGUGGGUGCCUGUGAGAUAAGAGUAUCAUUGUCGAUAAAAUAUGAAUAGAACCAUUAUAUGUACAAUAAUAGCAACAGUAAAGAAGUAUAUUUACCGGAAUAGUAGAAGUGGCUUGUGAUUGCACAUGACAGCUAUUGCUGUUAAUCGAUGCAAUUUUGUUCGCCUGUAUCUGCCGUUGACAACAUUUGAUUGCGAUUUCCAGGACAUUUCCCUCCAGAUUCUAAAAGAACUUGCGUUCUGGCGUCUGUUCUAAUAAGGUGAACGCUGUCGAUCGUGCUUGCCGAACCCAUUGUCUGAAUUCUACUUCUGAGUGAUUGUUGACAAAGAGUCAAAGCUUGUCGGGAUAAUUGUUCUCUCUCGGAAUCACAUUAUCUGAAGAAUCGAGGAAAAUGGCUCUAGUUCAUAGCAUAUCUGUAAUUAUGAUACUAUUAUAUCUAGUACUCAGUCUCACUAGGUACUGUAAUACUACACCUAAAAGGAUGAUAAUAGAUACAGAUGCUGGAGGAGAUGAUGCUCUAGCAAUAAUGCUGGCUCUCAUGUACGAGGCCAAAACAAACGACAUCGAAAUCCUAGCUAUAACUUGUACAUAUGGUAACACAUACUUGAAAAACGUGGAACAGAAUGUAUUAAAAAUUUUAACAAUUGCCAAUAGAAGCGACAUACCCGUGUAUAGUGGUGCCCAAAAACCAUUAAUAAAUACGUAUGAACCUACUGAUUACUUUGGCAAGGAUGGAUUUGGAGAUUUUAAUUUUACCGAAACUAUAACUGCAAAGAUUAACAGAUCAAAACACGCUUCUGUAUUUCUUGUAGAAUUAGUCAAACAAUAUCCAGGUGAAAUAAGUAUAGUUACUCUUGGACCUCUCACAACAAUUGCUACUGCAAUCGCCUUGGAACCUAAUUUCCUGCAUUUAGUAAAGCAACAUGUUAUAAUGGGAUCGACCGUCGACAGUAAUGAGAUUGAAUUUAAUUUUAUACAAGAUCCGGAAAGCAAUUGGAUUGCAUUGAAUAAUACCAAUAAACCUAGUAUUAUACUUCCGGGAGACACAGUACGCGCUAAUCUUAUUUCAAAAGAGAAAUAUAGAAACAUUUAUAAUAAUCUGGAUGCUUCUAUCGCAAGCUUUUUGCAACAAGCUGAAAGAAUAGCUUUGGCAAAAACUGAAAUGUGGGAAUUAGCAGAUGGGAUUGCUAUGGCAAGUGCGCUACAACCGAAAAUAAUAACAGAAUGUUAUAAAACUAACUUAAGAGCAGUAAUUGCUGGUGAUGCGAGAGGUUCAGUUGUGGAAGUACCCAAUGCAGUAUCCAAUGUAGAAAUUAUAAAUGUUAACAUAACUGCAUUUGAAAAUCUUCUAUUGGAAUAUCUUUCUUAAUAGAUCUUAAUUGAUCUAAAUUGUAAAAUUAUUAUUAUGCUAAAUGAAUUUUUAAUUUUGUACUAUUCAUAUAUUAUUAAAAAUAUCUUUUAUAAUGCAUACUAUUAAUAACAUACACUUACAUUAAAAAAGUUGGUACUUCUUCUUUCAGCAAAAAGUCCUUGAAAGGUUUGUCCAGGAUAGAAUUGACAAUUGUAUGCCUUUAACAAAAGAUCCUUGCAUUUCGCUAUAUCCUUCGCCUUUUUAUUAUUAAAGAAAAAAUGUGCAAGUCUAUAAAAGGACUUGUGAUGCUCGGCGAAUCUCAAUAUACACUGUUCCAAACCAGCUAGACAAUACGCAAUUAAUGUCGCUACCUCUUCUUCCGGCAUAUGUUCCUCUAGAAAUUAAAAUAUGUAUAGAAAUCCUUUUUUUUUGCACUUUAAUAAAAUAUUACAUAAGUUAUAUGAUAGAAUGCAACAAUAAACAACAAUA